AUGGCAAUUAAAACCAACAUUCCCUUCACUGCAGACUAUGUUAUUAUCGGAGGCGGCACUGCAGGCUUGACACUCGCCUCACGACUGUCAGAAAACUCCACCGAAUCCAUUGUGGUUCUGGAGGCUGGUAGUAACUUGCUCGAGGAUCCCAGGGCUGCUCUGGGCAAUCGGGUUAUCAAGGAACCACAGGGGAAGCUCCUGGGCGGUCCUUCAGGGCCACUCAAGGUCUCCUUUCCUGCUGCAAUUCAGGAUCCCUUGUGCAGGGCAUGGGUGGACACAUUCAAGGCCACGGGGCAUGGAAUUACAGCAGACCCCUUCUCCGGUAAGUCCACUGGUGGCUACAGCAACCUUUCCGCCGUGGAUAGUGAGACAAAAACACGGAGUUACGCCGCAAGCGCGUAUGGCCGCUCACCUAUGGAGCGACCAAAUGUGCAUAUUGUCACUGAAGCACUUGUACAGAGGAUCCUCUUUAAGGGGUUAAAGGAAUCGAGUGUAACUGCCGGUGGUAUCGAGGCUGUUAUACAAGGCGAGAUUCACACUAUUACUGCCAACAAGGAAGUUAUUGUGUGUGCGGGAGCUCUAAACACUCCAAAGCUUCUCGAACUCUCUGGGAUUGGGAAUAAGGAGAUUCUACACCAAUAUAAUAUCCAUGUGGUUGUGAAUAGCCCUAGCGUGGGCGAGAAUCUGCAGGACCAUUUAAUGAGCGGAAUCAGCUUCGAAGUGGUUAAUGGAGUUGUAACAGGAGACCCGCUCUUGCGUCAAGAACCGGAGGCUGUGCAGGCAGCUAUGCAGCUUUAUAUGGAGCAUAAAACAGGGCCAAUGACUAUUAGAGGCGUGCAGUCCAGUUCCUACAUGCCUCUUGUUUAUUUCCAGGGACAGAACAUGCUCCUUGGACCCUUCCGCGUACCCUCCUUGGAGAACCUCUAG